CUCUAUGUUCUUACAUUAAUUUCCAUAAUAACUAUUUUGAGCAAUGCCUGUUGAACUGAUGGUCACCACCCCACUCCCCGGCGCCGGCGCCGGCGGCUACGGCAACCGCACGGUCUGCAUCACCGGGGCGGGCGGAUUCAUCGCCUCCUGGCUCGUCAAGCUCCUCCUCCGCCGUGGCUACACCGUCCGCGGAACCCUCCGCAAUCCUGAUGAUCCGAAGAACGCACACCUGAGAGAGCUGGACGGCGCGGUGGACCGGCUCGUCCUCCUACGAGCCGACUUGCUCGAUCCUGUGAGCCUCGAAGCCGCGUUUCGUGGUUGCGACGGUGUGUUCCACACCGCCUGCCCCGUCACCGACGACCCAGAGAAAGUCGUAGAACCGGCGGUGAAGGGGACGCAGAACGUGAUCCACGCCGCCGCCGACGUCGGAGUCCGGCGGGUGGUGUUUACUUCGUCGAUUGGGGCCGUUUACAUGAACCCUAAUCGUAAUCCAGACGAGGUCGUGGACGAGACAUGCUGGAGCGAUCUCGAGUACUGCAAGAAUACAAAGAACUGGUACUGCUACGGAAAGACGGCUGCGGAGCGGGGGGCGUGGGAUGCUGCGGCGGAGCGGGGCGUCGACAUGGUGUCUGUCAACCCGGCGGUGGUGGUGGGCCCGCUGCUGCAGCCGACGGUGAACGCCAGCACGGCGCACGUGGCCAAGUACCUGACGGGGUCGGCGCGCACGUACGUCAACGCCGCCCAGGCCUAUGUGCACGUGCGGGAUGUCGCCGAGGCGCACGUGCGGGUCUACGAGUCCCCCGGCGCCCGCGGCCGGUACCUGUGCGCCGAGAGCACGCUGCACCGCGGCGAGCUGUGCCGGAUCCUCACCAAGCUCUUCCCCGAGUAUUCUGUAACCAACAGGUGCAAGGAUGAAGCGAAUCCACCAAAGAAGGGGUACAAGUUCAGCAACCAGAGGCUCCAGGAACUGGGGAUUGAGUUCACUCCUGUGAGGCAGUGCCUCUAUGAGACUGUUAAGAGCCUCCAAGAAAAAGGAUUGCUCCCCGUACUCUCUUAAUUCGUAUACAGUAAUGUAUCCGUGAACAAUAUUGUAAUUAAUGUCCUGGAACUCAGCUCUAAUGUAUUUAUAUAUGUGUGUGUGUGUGUGUGUUUUUGCUUAGUUUCAAUGUAAUAUGUGUUUGUGCUAUUCUGAAAAGUGUUGUAGGAUUACAACC